AUGAAGACACUAAGAUGCACACACUUGAGAGGUUGCGAGGGCAGUGCCGUCCUCGCGGCGUUCGUCGGGGGCGACGGCGGCAUGUCACCGCUGGACGGCUGCAUUGCGCGGAUGGCGGUGGUUUCGGCGGGUGGUGAGAAGGGCCAGGUGUUGGCUUUGGCACCGCCUUCCGAGUUCCUGCAAAGUGACUGGACUCAGUUCGACUGGACCAGUCGCUGGAACCGCGUACGUCCCUACCACCCGUCGGGCGCCUCGGAGGCCUCGCGGGCAGUCAAGAACGCACUCGCGCACACUCUCAACGAGGCACUCGAAGGCGUCGACGAAAGCGUCGUGGACGCGCUCUUCGUGGACGCAUUUGAUGCGCGUCGCGGUGACCGGCGCAACCUGGACCUUGGCCAUGCGCCGCUGGAGAUCCUGAACGUCCGCGCGCUUACGGACGAUGAGUACGAGCAGCUGCGGGAAGAAGUAAACGACGAGUGGAAGCCCGUCCUCGACUAUACGCGCGCGCCGCCCGACGCAGACCCUGAACGCCAACAGCUUUAUGAAGACCGCGGCCCCACCCGCAGAACCGGCUGCACCCGGACAAGGCUAUUCAUCGGUCUAGGCAUCGGCGCCGGAGUAACCAUUGCCGGCAUCGUGGCUGCGAAGUCUUUCUCCGAAUCAUCGCAAGACGUGGGGUCCUCGCAAAUGUCCGUCCCCGGGCUCAAUUCCUCCGAGGCGCUCCCAGAGCUCCCGGCCGCAUUGGUGGGACCGAAGGCACGCGAAUAUCCAAUAGACAUCGCCGAGCUUGACCUCACCGAGCUUGGCGGGAUGGAGGUUGACGGGAAGGAGGGGUGGUACGUCCAAGACUAUCCAAUACCCCUACCGCGUCAAUCCGAGCUGCAGCUGGAGUUAUUGAGGGUUCCGGAGUCGGUGUGUAGCAAGACGCAUGUGGUCCUAAAUCUCGAAACCAACAAGAGGGAGACCCCGUGGGGCUGGAGCGAGCUGGGCGGUUGGGGUGAGUGUGCUGAAACAGGUGGCAAGGUCGUAUGCUACAACACCCGGGAGGACGCGCGCAGGUGCUACUACUUCGGCUCGCCGGGACUGUUCGACUUGCCCACCGUGUGGAAGGACAUUGUAUUCUACGAGUGGCCGAACAAGUGCGAAAUAGAGUGCAACAGUCCGGAAGAACACGAGCUUCUCUUGCGUGACCGGAUCGGCAAAGAGUGGGGCCGUUUCCUCCGUGGCGUAGAUACAAGUACUCCCGAGGCAGUUAGUCAGCUCGGGCGGCGUGUGAAAGAUACAUUUGAAGUGGAGCCGCGCUGUUCUUGGCAAACCAACUACCACUGCCAUGAUCAAAAGUCCCCGCCAAGCUGCAGGUGCGGCAUGGCCACUUUACGCAGUGAGGUUGUAAUGACGUCCGGUGAACGCUUCGACAGCGGCGAGAUUGUUGCCUUCAAUACCUUCGCCGAAGAGUUGAUUCCCGAGAUAAGGCCAUCGGCUGUCAAAAAAUGGGACAUCGUGGGCUGCAACUUCACAUGCCAACAUGUCAAUUUUUCGAAGUUGCGGAAAAUCGGUAAUAUGGACUGGAGCAAGUUUCCAAAGCCAAGAAUUGCCAACUAA